AUGUCGUACGAUAUCGACGUCCUCAUCGUCGGCGCCGGCCCCACGGGCCUCAUGCUCGCCACCGAGCUCACCGCGUUCGGCGUGUCGCUGCGCAUCGUCGACAAGGCCCCCGUCCGCUCCGACAAGAGCCGCGCCAUUGUCGUGCAGAGCCGCGGCCUCGAACUGCUGGAGCGCCACGGCCUCGGCCGCGCUCUCGUGGCGCGCGGCACCCUUGGCGAGGGCAUCGACAUCCACGUGCGUGGCCGCCGCGCGGCGUCGCUCAACAUGCGCGACUUGGACUUCAAGGACACGGCGUUUUCGGAUACGCUGCUGGCGUCGCAGACCGACACAGAAGACCUGCUGGAGACGCACCUCCUCGCCAAGCUGGGGCCCGGCCACCGUGGCAUUGAACGGCCGGCCACGAUCCGGUCGAUUGUGGCUGACGAGGACGGUGUGAAUUUCGAGCUCGUGCACGGCACCGAGGAUGACGAGGGUGGCGCCCAGGGCGCCCAGGGCACCACCGAAAAGCUGCGGUGCCGGUACGUCGUCGGCUGCGACGGCGCGCACAGCAGCGUGCGCCACGCCGCCGACAUUGCCUUUGAAGGCGAUGCCUACGAACAGUCCUUUAUGCUCUGCGACGCCCACAUCCGCAACUGGCCCGGCCGGACGCCGGGCCGCGCACAAAUGUUCUGGGACAAGGGCUUCAUGGCGCUGCUGCCGUACGCCGAGGCCAAGGGCAUUGUGCGCCUCAUUGCCUGCCACCCCCUGCCCGCCGAUGCCUCGGCCGAGGCCCGCGCGCAGCAGGAGCAGCCGACGCUCGAGACGUUCCAGCGGUUCUUUGCCGACACGGCGCAUUUCCACGGGGACGACAUGCCCCAGCUGUGCGACCCGAUCUGGGUCACGGCGUUCCGGCUGCACCACCGCGUCGCCGCCGCCUAUCGCUCGGGCCGGCUGCUGCUGGCCGGUGAUGCGGCGCACAUCCACAGCCCGGCGGGCGGCCAGGGCAUGAACACGGGGCUGGGCGACGCCGCGAACCUGGGCUGGAAGCUCGCGGUCGCCGUACGUGCUGCGCGUUCCGGUCGCGCCACCACGGCAGGCACGCUGGGCCAGACGGACGCUCUCCUGUCGUCGUACAAUGCCGAGCGGCGGCCCGUCGGCGUGACGCUGCUCAAAACAACCGACACCAUGUUCGUUGCCGCCACCACGGCCACGCCCUUUUACGUCUGGCUGCGCAACAACGUCGUCCGCUGGAUCGCGCCGCUCGUCCUGUGCGCCCGUCGCCGCCGUGAACACAUCAUUGGCUCUAUGAACCAGCUGCGCGUGCGCUACCGGCGGAGUCCCGUAGUGGGCGUGUCGCCGGGCUGGACGGGUGUGGUCCGCGGCGGCGACCGGGCGCCCGACGGUAAAGUCGUUGCGGCCGGUGCUGCGACGGACGACGUGUCACAUCUCCUCGAACACCUCUGGCAGGGCGGCCGGGGCAUCACGUCGUACCACUUGCUGCUGUUUACGGGCACGCCGUCGUCGUCGUCGUGGUUUUCCUCGGCUGCGUCCAGGGCCGCUGCAGCGUCCGCCACAACCAAGGCUCUUGUCACCGCAGCAGAAAACGCGGCCAGGACCCUUGUUCCGGCCGGUCUCGACGCUACCGUCGCACACAUUGUUGCCGGCUCGUCCGCGCAGGCCCAGGCGUUUGUCGAGCAGGAGCAGCGGAAUGUGCUGAUCGACAAGGAUGCCUACCUGCACGGUCGCUACGGGUUUGGCCGUCGGCCAGGUUACGCGCUGGUGCGCCCGGAUGGACAUGUCGAGCACGUCGGCUGGCUAACGAGUCUGUCGGAGCUGCCCGCGUGGAUGGACGAUCGUGACGCGGCAGCAGCGGCUACAAAAUCGAGUCGAUCCUGGUGGAAGUGGUGGUAG